ACCAUACCUUCUCUUCACCAUCCGGUGCUGAACCUCAUUGUGAAUGUUGAUUACUAAUGUGCUUAUACAUUAAAUUGAAAUUUUACACACGUUUUUGUACUUAAAUUUUCCAGUUUAUAAUUACUAUUUGCACUUGAACGAAUAUUCCUUAUUAAAUAAAUAUUAUGGUUUCUUUAAAUCCAGUUCGUAUUUUAAAACAUCAAGCUGAAGAAGACAAAGGAGAAAAUGCACGUUUAUCUAGUUUUAUUGGUGCAAUUGCUAUUGGAGAUUUAGUAAAAAGUACUUUGGGCCCCAAAGGAAUGGAUAAAAUAUUAAUAUCAGCUGGACGUGGAGGAAUGGAUGCUAAAAUUGAGGUAACAAAUGAUGGAGCUACAAUUCUUAAAAGCAUAGGAGUAGAUAACCCUGCUGCUAAAAUUUUGGUUGAUAUGUCCAAAGUACAAGAUGGUGAAGUUGGUGAUGGAACUACAUCUGUAACUGUAUUAGCUGCUGAACUAUUACGUGAAGCUGAAAAGUUGGUAGAUCAAAAAAUCCAUCCUCAAGUAAUUAUUUCUGGUUGGCGUAAGGCAACCAAAAUUGCUCAUGAUGCACUACAGGCAGCUGCAAUGAAUAAUAGUAAAAGCGAAGAAACAUUCAGAGAAGAUCUUCUCAAUAUUGCUCGUACUACCUUAAGUUCCAAAAUAUUAUCUCAACAUAAAGAACAUUUCGCUAAAUUAUCAGUUGAUGCUAUUUUACGCCUUAAAGGCUCUGGAAAUCUAUCAGCUAUACAGAUAAUAAAAUUAAAGGGUGGCUGUUUAGAAGAUUCAUUUUUAGAUGAAGGAUUCCUUCUUGACAAAAAAAUUGGUCAACAUCAGCCUAAACGUAUUGAAAAUGCUCGUAUCUUAAUUGCAAAUACACCUAUGGACACAGAUAAAAUUAAAGUGUUUGGUUCUAGAAUUAAAGUCGAUUCUAUGGCUAAAGUAGCAGAACUUGAAUUGGCAGAAAAAGAAAAAAUGAAAGAUAAAGUGAACAAAAUUAUUGCUCAUGAUUGUAAUGUAUUUAUUAACAGGUAA